UUCUAGGCGGCCGAGCUGGGAACAGAAUAACAAGUCAAUAUGGUUCGUAUGUAGCAUGGUCUUACUGCGAAUCAGCUGGGUUUGUUGACAAACGGUAAACGAAUCAAUCGGCUGGUGUAUAAACAAAAAAUAAAAAUAAUUGAAACUGCCCCAUUUACUUCUCCACCUUAAUAGCAUCCCGACCCAUGCUGCUUAGAUUCGGUUCCCAAUAUGCCAACAUGGGCCUUAAGUUGGAAGUAGAAAACGAAUUGGAAACGACAUCCUGGCAAUGGCUGGUGAUGGUUGCUACAGCUUUCCCUCAGCGUGCGGUCUCCCUUCUCCUCACCAUAUUAAUAUUCUAAAAUCUAACAUAAAUGGAGCGACCUACGAAGGAAUAUAAUUCCUCAGGUACCUCUUCCGUCAGCGCGUGUUCCAUCACCACUUUAGCUGCCAAGUAGAUGUCGGUGGUGGAUUCUAGCGAUUCCCCAAUAGGGGGGAUCUCGUUGGAGACGAGUUUUGCUAAAAAGAUACUUUUAUUAGUACAACAUUACCAAUUUAAUUAGGGAAAUCUGGUAUUUUUAAUGGAUUUUUCAUAGAUCAUCUGAGUACCGCGGUAAAAAAAAGAUUCCAAGGAAAAUCGUUAGCUGGCUAUUUGCCUCACGCUCUCUUUCCCAAAGCUGACACUCGGUUUUCGCCUUUUUAUAACAAAAAAAGAACUCCUUCGGGGGACGAUGUGACAAUGGAAACGGGAUUUUGUUCCAAUUCCGCGUUUCAAUUUGAUUGCGGCCUGAUAUUUGUCAAUUGUUUUCGUCAUUUUCCAGUCAGUUCUCACUCCGACUAUUCGAUAGCAGCUACAACAAAUUAAUUUUUUACGAAGAAAGUGUUGUGUAUUGUAACUAUGUUAUCAAAUUUGUGAUUGUGGAUCUCCGUGUCUUGCGUUUUGUUAAUCAUUGCGAAUUUUUGGUGCGUACUGAUAAGGUUACACAUUGAUUGGUUCUCGAGACUGCUUUCUAUUGGUUUAGUUUUGUGAUAUGUAUAUGCAGAGAGCUGUGGGCAUUCCAGUGCAUCGAGUUUAAUGUCUUGCAUUAAAUAUUUCGUGUCGAAAUGUAGCUCUUUGGCAUUCAGUUAAAUUAAAUAAUAAAUAAGUGAUUUUAUAUUAAUUUUAUAAUUUAAACGGUGCAUAAUAUUGCCAUUUUUGCUGCGUGUAUUACAUACACUCGUCUAAAUCAGUGACAAUGGAUGAAAAGGAUAAAGCUCAACACAACAUGAUAUCCAACCUGCCGCUUUUGUUUGCGAAUGGAUAUCCAACAUCCCUAGAAAAAAUAACGGAGUCCCAGUUAGAAAAUUUUAUUCCGUUCAUGGUGCAGUGCUCUUUAGGACAUAUUAAUUUACCAAAGAAAGUAGAUUGCAGUGAGCCAGAAUGGUGGCCCGAAAACGCACCAUUCGAGAUCCCGCUGAAAAAGCCGAAAGCAUUUGUUGGGAACUGGAUGGAAAAAAUGAAAGAAAUUGUGGUUAUCUGCUAUCAAUUUCACAAAAGCUUAUUUUUAUUAAGAUUUUGUAAUGAUUUAGCUGCAUAUGAACACGCGAGCUUGAGAUUCAUAAACAAUUAUAACUCAACGACUUCAUUGUAUGACAGAAGAAACAACAAAUUGCUGGUUACAUUUCGAAAUGAAAACAUGUCAUAUGAUAGACAACAAAAAAAUAGAAAGUGCUUGUUGCUGCAAAAGAAUAACAGUUCGAUUAGCGAAAACGUACAACAUAUGAUGGUUGAGCCACCCCCUUUUGAUAUUUAUCUAUGCGACAACUGUGAUGCUGAACUGUAUUCUAAAGAAGCUAUACUGGAACACGAAAACAUUUGUUGCAUGGAGGAUGAUGUUAUACUUUGUGAUUCUCCCGAGCCAGAAAACAAAUGCGAGGGGAAAAACGAAGAUAUUGAACUGCGCAACGCUUUUCUUUCAAACUUUUGCCUGCAAUCCAAAUUCACUGAUAACAGUUCAUCUAAAGAAAAACAGAAAACAUAUUCAUUUCAUGAGGAAACAUCAACGGAAACUACAAAUAGAAAGAGGCGUCUACCAUCACGGAGGAAUCGAACAGUUCAUUCAUUUAGUAGAUGUUCGUUUAUCCCAAUAUCAUCACCUGCAGGACAGCAACUAUUAAAGUCGACAAAACAAACAAUAUCUAAGGAAUAUGUCUCCGAAAGACAGGAACGCCUGGAUCGAUUUUGUUACACGCCACUUAUCAUCAAAUCAAAUACCAGGCAAAAGUAUUUUGAGAAAAAAUCAAACACUACCGUGCAUUGCACAUUUAAGAAGUCGCAUGAACAUAAUUACCAUAUAUAUUCCUUUCCGCGACGUCAAUUUGUUAAACGCAGGGACACUACUGAAAACUUUUUGUUUUUGAACUCUCCGUUGAUUAAGCAAUGCCGUCCAAUUUCAGUCAGAUUGAAAAAAAUAUCGGAGCAUAUAAUGGAAGAGCAAAAUCACACUGCAAAUACAAAACUUAAUAUAAGACUAACGCGCCACAAUUCGCUUAAUUCGCAUUGGAGGAUUUCACCUACUAAGGAAGUAGUUGUUGAUACAAUUGACUUAUGCUCCUCUGACGACGAUGAGCAACAAGGGGAAACAAUGCGCUCGCCUAAAAGACUGGGUUCGGAUGCACUUACUAUAAUAAAACUUACGCAUAACAACAGAAAGUCCAGCAGGCGAUCCAUUGAGCCAAGCAAAUGUCCUCCUGAGACAGAAUCUGUAGUAGAUAAUUCGGUUAAGCCCCUACAACAGUCUUUAUACAUUUUUUCAAAUUUUAAAGCUAACUCGGUAAUUAGUCGCUGCACCGUUAACUCGAUAGCAAAUCAUUCAUUGGUUAGUUCCCUGAGUACAUCGAAUACUUUUUCUGAUUCUCAAGGACACAGAAAAGAAUACAAUCAAGAAAAUUGCACAUUUUCUAAGAAGUUGGCCACACUCACAGACUGGUACGCUCAUUCGGCUAAUUCGGAAAAGAGCCCAAUAACUCAAACUACUGAGAGUAGUACGUUUGAAGCACUUCCCGCGGUUCCGCCGUUCAAUAGCACUGGGCGCAUAAUUUCCAUUGAUUUAACUUCAUAGAUAUUUUAAUCCAUAAUUAAUUUAAGAAAUUGUUAUUUUCAAGAAAAAUUAAAUUAAGAAUUACAAUAUUUGAAUAAA